GUUGAGAGCCAGAGGCUAAACUGGAAUGCACAAUCGAAAUCCACGAUAAAAGAUCGACCAGCACGCAAGUCAAUGCUGUUGGCAGUCUAUGCGUGCAUCACAGCUACACUGGUGCCUUCAUGAUGAGGUGAAGCCCAUCGCAAUAACAUCACAACAGUUGUUUCCAUCGCCUGCGCAGCCUCUCCCUUGAUCAUGGCCGAUGGGGGCAGUCUGCACAAUGUCCCACUUGUGCUCGACAACGGAAGCGGGACAAUUCGAGCAGGAUUCGCCGGUGCAGAUCUCCCCUCAGCCUAUUUUCCAUCCUAUGUCGGUCGACCGAAACACACUCGAGCUCUGGCGGGAGCAGUCGAAGGAGACAUCUUUAUCGGACCCAAGGCUCAGGAGCUCAGGGGUCUCCUCAAGAUCAAAUAUCCCCUCGAACAUGGCAUUGUCACAGAUUGGGACGACAUGGAAAAGAUAUGGACUUAUGUCUACGAACAGGAGUUGAAGACUCUGAGCGAGGAACACCCCGUCCUAUUGACCGAGGCCCCGUUGAACCCCCGAUCGAAUCGAGAAACCGCAGCUCAGAUUCUAUUCGAGCAAUUCAAUGUUCCAGCAGUCUACAUGGCAAUCCAAGCCGUUCUCAGCCUAUACGCCAGUGGCCGCACCACAGGCAUGGUCCUCGACAGUGGAGAUGGGGUUUCACACGCAGUACCCGUAUACGACGGGUUUUCCAUCAACAGCGCAAUUCGAAGGAUUGAUGUCGCUGGAAGAGAUGUCACAGAACAUAUGCAACUCUUACUGAGGAAGGCUGGACAUGUGUUCCACACGAGCUCGGAAAAGGAGAUUGUGCGUACCAUCAAAGAAAAGACGGCAUACAUUGCGUUGGAUCCGAGGAAAGAGGAAAAAGAGUGGUCACAAGGGAUAUGGAAGAAUGACAAAAAGGAGGUUGAUUAUGUCCUCCCCGAUGGUCAGAAGAUCAAGAUUGGAGCCGAGAGAUUCCGUGCGGCCGAGAUUCUGUUCGAGCCAGAGCUCAUCGGACUCGAGUAUACAGGUCUUCAUCAGAUGGUGAUUGAUUCCAUCAACCGCACCGACAUGGAUCUACGCAAGAACCUUUAUGGCAAUGUUGUCCUGAGCGGUGGGACAACGCUGUGCAAGGGGUUCCCGGACCGAUUGCUGUAUGAAAUGCAACGGCUGGCGGUCAAGGACAUGAGGAUCAAGAUCUUUGCUCCUCCAGAGCGCAAGUACACGACCUGGAUAGGAGGGAGUAUCCUAGCUGGGUUAAGCACCUUCAGAAAGAUGUGGGUCAGUAUCGACGACUGGCAUGAGAAUCCGGACAUUAUCAAUACCAAGUUCUCCUGAGAAGUCGCACCGAUGGCACGACCGGGCGGACGAGACCGAAUUCAUCGGUUCUACCAUCCGACCAUUGCCGGGGCUCUAUUGGAAUGAUCCAAAGGUCCGUUCGGCGGUGAGGGUGGUGCGAUCUCCAAUGUCAUGGCCAGACCAGUGUGACUUGCAGGGAAAGAUACUUCCCACCAGUAGUAAUAACUGUUCUGGCCAUGGCAGCAUGGCCAGUAGAACAGGGUUGCCAAAGACGGAAAUGUGCUGAUCAUGGCACCAAGAAUGGAACAUGGGCCAUGGGCCAUGGGCAAGAAGUUGGGGAUUUGUGGGGAAGACUAAAGGUUGCAAAAGCCGGGGUUUGUUGUCAAACUCAUGAGGGAGGGUGUUGUGGUAGUCUGCCAGGACGCCAGGUUGACUUUGUUGUCAGAUCCUAGUGUCCGUCAGGGGCUGGAGUCUCUCCACUAGGACGAGUAAUACCUCAAGGGGAAUGUGCCUGAGUCAUGCCCAAUGCAGUUACCAAUAGAUGAGGUGGUUAUUGGAUCGCAGGCACAUACUCCGUACACUCAAGUGCAUUGUAUCACGACUGUCAAUGUGCAAGAACACGUGGUCAAUAGAUUUGCGGUGGCAGGUGGAUGGCAGGACGGGGCAGGUCACUGCGAUCACGAGGCCCGAGGUAAAAAGGGUGCAAAAGGUGCAAAAGGUGUGCUAAAGGGUAGGAAUGGCGGAUAGAUGUUCCCAAAUUGCAACAUAUCC